AUGACUCAAUGUGAUAAAUCAACCGCGGCAAAGCCACAAAAAUUAAAUCGAAAGGCUGCAGAAAAUUAUGGCUCAGAAAAUUAUGGCAAACUUCCUUUAAACAAAUCACAAGAGAGGACAGGUGUUCAACGAACUCGAAUUAUUGAUAUAAACGCUAGUCGUGCUGGAGAAACCGUUAGUAUCCGAGCUCGUGUGCAUACUUCACGUGUAACUGGUAAAAUCGGUUUUUUCGUCUUUCGACACCAAGAUUCUACGAUUCAAGGAGUUCUUCAAGUUGACGAAAAAGUUGUUAGUAAAGGUUUUGUCAAGUUUGCUGCCAAUGUCCCGGAUGAAUCAAUUGUCAUUAUUGAAGGUGUUGUAAGUAAACCAAAUGAAGAAAUAAAGAGCACUACUGUGUCCGAUGCCGAAUUACAGAUAAAGAAGUUUUAUGUGGUUCACGAAACUCUCGGCCGUCUUCCAUUUUCUUUAGAAGAUGCAUCGAGAUGCGAAGAGGAAAUAAACAAAGAAGAUUCUCAGUUCAGUCGCGUAACUUUGGAAACCCGAUUAAACCACCGUGUUGUAGAUCUCCGUACUACUGCAAAUCACGGAAUUUUCAGAAUCCAGUCUGGGGUUUGUCAAUUGUUUCGCGAAUUUCUCUUAUCAAAAUCAUUUAUCGAAAUCCAUACUCCAAAGAUAGUUGGUGCAUCUAGCGAAGGCGGUGCAAAUGUGUUUGCUAUAAAAUAUUUCAAAGGCAGUGCAUAUUUGGCGCAAUCACCUCAAUUAUAUAAACAAAUGUGCAUUUGUUCCGACUUUGAACGUGUAUUUGAAAUAGCCCCUGUAUUUCGUGCUGAAGACUCUAAUACCCAUCGUCAUAUGACUGAGUUUGUUGGUCUCGAUUUAGAGAUGGCCUUUGAAGAGCAUUAUCAUGAAGUACUUGACAUCCUCGAUGAAUUAUUUGUUUUUAUUUUUGAUGGUUUGAAGACUAGAUUUGCUUCUGAGAUUGAGACAGUAAAACGACAAUAUCCAUCAACCAACUUCGAAUACCUUCCAAAAACAUUAAGGUUGGAUUUCAAAGAAGCCGUUCAAUUAUUAAGGGAUCACGAAAGAUUUCUUGGAAAAUUGAUCAAAGAGAAAUACAACACCGAUUUUUAUAUUAUUGAUAAAUUUCCAUUAGCAGUUCGUCCGUUUUAUACAAUGCAAGAUCCUUACGACAAGAACUAUUCAAAUUCUUACGACUUCUUUAUGCGUGGGCAAGAAAUUCUCUCAGGAGCACAACGUAUUCAUGACCCUACAUUAUUGGAAGAGCAUGCCAAAGAACUUGGCGUCGAUUUACGUUCUAUUCAACCUUAUGUUGACUCUUUUAAAAGAGGUGCACCACCACAUGCUGGUGGCGGUAUUGGUUUAGAACGAGUGGUAAUGCUUUAUUUAAAUUUAGAUGACAUACGCAGAUGUUCGUUAUUCCCUCGUGAUCCAAAACGACUUGAACCCUAA